AUGGCUCCGCUGUCAGAAAACAGCUACUCUCCAGCAGAAAUUGCCGCGAUUCUUCUGGACUUUUAUUUAUUCUUGACUAUAAUUUAUUACGAUGCCCAGUACCUCAAACUCCCCUCAGCAGAAGGCUGGACCGACAUGGAACCCUUGUUAGAAAGUCUUGGGAGCUCCGACAUGGUCGGCCAAGUCAUAAAACGCAUUCCUUACUUCGACAACGACUGCAAAGCUUUCAUCCACUACAAGUCUCGACUGGUGGACUAUCCAACCCUGCCUCAAAGCUGUUUUAAACGUGUCAUGUGGGGGAGAGUAUCGAGCUCAGAUGAGAUAUAUUCAGAGCGGCGACAGAUCAUAAUCGACAUGCGUGAUGUCUUUCCACUAGCUACUGGUCGCGAAGCCUGGGGCAAAUAUAUCUGGUUGAAUGUGAGAGAUGGGGAAAUUACUGUAGAGGAGCGACUCAUGCAUGACCUCCUGCAAGUCGACCUGAAAGUAUUUUUCGAUGGGGUAAAGCAAGACUACAUCGCGCUAAAGCUCAUACCCUGUCGCAGAAGGAUUACUAUCGAAGCUGACAAAAUUGAGGAACGGCUUGGCGAGGAGGUUAUAACGGAGGAAGAGGUGAUUGCACAGGAUGGGGCAUGGGGUACAGCCCUUGACAUACACUAUACCAGGCAGCUCUAUCGAGCAUUUGGAUGGCCUCUCGCAUUUCGGAAAUAUGAAGCUUUCGAUGCAGUGGACCGGCUCAUGGACAAGCUUGGAGAACAUCGGAACGAAUGGGAGCCCACGGAGGAGGAUUGGGAUGAUGACGAUCAUUGGUGUUAA